UCGCUUACCGGGGGAGGAGGGGUCUGACACCGCGUCCCGUCCUCUCCAGUCUUUUGUGUUUGAAAGUCUCAUAUUUCUCAUAUCAAUAAUUGAGGAAGGGGCUUCUUCUCUGCUGCUAUGACUCGCGCUGCCGCGUCACUUGCCACUCCGCACCGCCCCACGCCGCUUCCGCUCCCCGCGUCUGCUCACAAGUGAAGUCCCGUCCGCGCCGGAGCCAGAGCCCCGAGGUUCGGAGGUGUGUGUGAGCGCGCGCGCGUGUGUGUGUCCUGGACUCCCGGGAAAGUUUUCCGCUCCGCUCCGGGAUGUUGGCGCUUUGCCUGCUGAGUGCCGUGUGGCUCGCCUCGAGUCCGGUCCGGGCUCAGAACGAGACCGAACCCAUCGUCCUGGAGGGAAAGUGCCUGGUGGUCUGCGACUCGAACCCGACCUCGGAUCCCACCGGGACCGCGCUCGGCAUCUCCGUGCGCUCCGGCAGCGCCAAAGUCGCCUUCUCGGCCGUCCGGAACACGAACCACGAGCCCUCCGAGAUGAGCAACCGGACCAUGGUCAUCUACUUCGACCGGGUGCUGGUGAACGUGGGGAGGAAUUUCGACGAGGAGAGGAGCAACUUCAUCGCCCCGCGCAAAGGGAUUUACAGCUUCAACUUCCACGUCGUGAAGGUCUACAACCGCCAGACCAUCCAGGUGAGCCUCAUGCACAACGGCUGGCCCGUGAUCUCCGCCUUCGCCGGCGACCAGGACGUCACGCGUGAAGCAGCCAGCAACGGAGUUCUCAUCCAAAUGGAGAAAGGGGACCGGGCCUACCUAAAACUUGAGAGAGGAAACCUGAUGGGAGGAUGGAAGUACUCCACCUUCUCCGGCUUCCUGGUGUUCCCCAUGUAGAGGGGAGGACGAGGAGGGUGGAACAAGAGGAAGCAAAGCUGGCUGGAGGAGCAGGCUGAGGGACGAGAACAGAGGGUCGAGGACGGCCGUCACCUUCCAACCCGAGCGUGAGAGAGCGCGAGUGGAACGGCCAGCUUCUUCACUUCCUUUCAUCACUCCAUCCGCCUUUUCCUCCCGCCGCUCAUCACGUGCCAGUGUAAGUCUCCCCUCACCCCGUCACCACUGCAGCUCCCAGGAAUGUUUCUGCCCGGGUGCUGGUCCGGGUCCGACACGCCACGCCACGCCACGCCACCGUGCCAGGGGAGUCGCGCCCCUGAUAACCACCGUUCCAGUGCAACCAUAUCCAACCCAACCAACUCUGGCGACUCGUGUAUCCAAGACUUAACCACGGAAACUGCAUGAUCCGACUCGGCUCCCUGAAGGGGACCUGUUGUGUCUCUUAUGUCUUGUGAAUCUCGAAACAUUUGACGUGCUAAUGCUAACCUGGCCGCCGAGCAGCAGCGAGGACUACAAACAUGGCCGAACAUGCGGCUCAGGAAUCCCACCCUCCAGAUCAGUGUGUCCGGCACUUCCUGCUCACCAACAUGGCAGCCCGUCCGUCCGUCCCAGCCGUCACUCUGCGACGCCGGUGCCGGUACCGGAUGUGUCCAGGCAGGACCUCGGGUCAAAAACUUUCCACACACCGAACAUCAGCCAGCGACGUGCUUGUCACGCAGCCAAUGUUCUACUUCCUGGUCUGACGACAAACGCAUCGUGAUUGGCUGACAUGUGCCACGGCCACCUCAGGCCAGGAGGUAGACACGACCUGCGUAACGAACACGGUCUAGAGAUGUUUGGUGUGUGGGAAGUGCCGUCCAGUGAGAAAGUUUGGGAGAAUCCAGUGGCACACAUCUGGUCCUGACGCUGGGGUGUUCGCCUCUGUUCGCUCGUCCAAGUGGUCCAGACUUAUUGUCAGUAUCAGAGUCGAGGCCAGCGGAACUGAAGUCAUGUGUUCAUCCCUGUGGUGGCGCGACAGGAAGGCUCUCACCAGCGCCAGCUGCUAGCCACGGGCUAAUGCUACCGGCUGAUGGUGUUGUGGAAACUGGGAACCUGGCUGCCGUCUUCAAACCUCUCGGAGACGAAACCCUGGUGUUGGUGCGGCGGUGGAGUCGCUCUGCCCACGGUCCUGACGCUCUGCUCCCGCCUCCUCUGGUCUCCCUCAGCCCUCGCCCAGGACCGGACCCCCCAGAGCUGGUACCUCUGCUGCGCCACAGAGCAAUAGGUCGUGUGAGUGAGCGGCGGCUGCGACCCAAGCCAUCGGCUGUGAAGCUUCUGAGCUGCCGUCCGUCAGGUUCCUCUCAGCCUCAUCUUCUGCUGCCACUCCUGUCCUGCUCUGAGCCGCCUCCCUGUGUAUGCAGACGCUCGCGGCCAGCGGAGGCCCCGCUCCUCGGCCCCGUGGCGUCCCGGAGACGUGAGACACGUGGAGGACUGAACCUAUUAUCUCUGUAUAUUCUGUACCUGAGUGUUCUAUAAGAGAAAACUACUAUAACUAGUGAUCGUGUGUGGACAUCUGGGCUGCUGCUGCUGACCAAGUAUCUCGCUUCUUAUUCACUUCCGUCACUUCCAACCAGGAAAAGCACCCGCUGAUCUCAUGGAGAAGCUUUUCUGUUCCGAUAUAACCCGCUGUAAGAUACGUGUGAAUAUUUAGACGGACGGAGGUUUCUGAUUUAUCAACCAAGCGAUGAAUUGACUCUACUUUUUUAGUUGCUCUUAUGAAAUGAAUAAAAUGUACUGUACUUUUGUUUUUUUUCAACCAAC